AUGGCAAACCUCACUGUAGUGACAGUGUUUACUCUUGAAGGAAUUUCUACUGACCCACAACUGCAGAGUUUACUGUUUGUGAUGUUUUUACUUAUUUAUUUCAUUACUCUGGUUGCAAACUUGACUAUUAUUCUUGUUAUUGUGGUUAAUCCUCACCUUAGUGCCCCAAUGUACUUCUUCCUUUCUCACUUAUCUUUUGUGGAUAUCUGCUAUUCCUCAGUCACUGUCCCAAAGAUGCUGGAGAAUUUUGUAGCAGAGCAGAAGACCAUUUCUGCCAAUGGGUGCAUCACUCAGGUGUUUUUCAUUAUGAUGUUGGCAUGCACUGAAGUUUUAAUCCUAUCAGCAAUGGCCUAUGACCAAUAUGCUGCUAUAUGUCUCCCACUGCAUUAUCUAGACAUCAUGAACAAACAAAUAUGCAAGAAGAUGGUAGGGGGUGCCUGGGCAGUUGGCUUUCUUCAUGCCCUAACUAAUACUCUUCCCUUAUUAACAGUACACUUCUGCGGGCCAAACACAGUGAGCAAUUACAGUUGUGAACUUCCUCCCCUGUUGAUUUUGUCCUGCUCCAAUGUUUUAGUGAAUGAGGUGGUACUGCUAGUUUCUCUUGUGAUGUUUUUCUUGAGUGCCUUUAUUCUCACCUUGGUCUCCUAUGUUCACAUAAUCUCGACCAUCUUCAAAAUACCUUCCACAGAGGACAAAAGCAAAACUUUCUCCACCUGCAGUUCUCAUCUCCUUGUUGUUUGCUUAUUCUACAUAACAGGCAUUUUUCGGUACAUGAAACCUACCACAGAAUCCUCAUUAGACUUGGACAAAGUCAUCUCCAUCCAGUACAGCAUCUUAACCCCCAUGUUAAAUCCCAUCAUUUACAGUCUGAAAAAUAACGAGGUGAAGAUGGCACUUAGGAAAAUAAUGUAUAAGUUUAAAGUGUGA